CGAUCGGGGGAUUCAUAUUUAAAACCCAACAUUCUCUUCCUUUCUCUCUCCACCAACACAACACUCCUUUCUCUCUCUUAACUCUGAAUUCAUUCCAUACAUUUGAUCGGAGAAAAGGCUCGGAACCUCUUCCAAAAACCCUACCUACACUGAUCUUCAUUCCAAUUUUAAAUUGAGAAACAAAGGGAUAUUACUUUAAAUUGAAGAACAAAGGGAUAUUACUUUGUAGGGAUUACAAUUUUUUUUAAUGGAGCUGGAGAAUGCAACAUUAACUUAUUAAUUGUCUCAAGGAAUAUACGUUAGUGUUGCCUAUUGGAUUGAUUUUUAAGGCCACACAAAUAUGGCAAACUCACACCGCAGUGGAAUGUUUAAAAGAUCAAGUGAUGGUGCAAGAGUUGUUAUUGGUACUAUCAUGGGAGUUGUCUUUGGAUUUUUUAUCGGCAUGUCCUUUCCAUCUGUUUCUCUAAAUAAGAUUAACUUACCUUCGAGCCUUAUAUCAUCUCUUGAUGUAGCCAUCACUGAUAUACAUGGAUCCACCACAAGCAGAAGUCUUGAAGACAAUGAACCAAGCAAUGUUCCUAGGAUAUAUGUUUCAACGAAUCCUCGUGGUGCUGAAUUACUUCCUCCAGGGAUUAUUGUGUCAGAAUCAGAUUUAUAUCUUCGUAGACUGUGGGGCGAACCCAGCGAGGAUCUCAAGAAAAAGCCAAAGUAUUUGAUGACUUUCACAGUCGGCCUUGACCAGAAAAACAAUAUUGAUGCAGCAGUUAAGAAGCUUUCUGAGGAUUUUAUGAUUAUGCUUUUUCACUAUGAUGACCGGGUUACUGAAUGGGAUGAAUUUGAAUGGUCGAAGAAUGCAAUUCAUGUUAGUGUCAGAAAGCAAACAAAAUGGUGGUAUGCAAAAAGGUUUUUGCAUCCUGAUAUCGUAGCAGCUUAUGAAUAUAUUUUUAUAUGGGAUGAAGAUCUGGGAGUAGAGCACUUUAAUGGAAACAAGUACAUUGAGCUGGUUAAGAAACAUGGUUUGGAGAUCUCUCAACCUGGUCUUGAGCCCAACAAUGGACUGACAUGGGAGAUGACAAAGAGGAGAGGAGACCAAGAAGUUCACAAGGAUGCAAUAGAGAGACCGGGCUGGUGUAAUGAUCCUCGUCAGCCUCCUUGUGCAGCGUUUGUGGAAAUUAUGGCUCCUGUCUUUUCUCGGAAAGCUUGGCGGUGUGUAUGGCACAUGAUUCAGAAUGAUUUGGUACAUGGAUGGGGGUUGGAUUUUGCUCUCAGAAGAUGUGUAGAGCCUGCAUAUGAAAAAAUUGGCGUGGUUGAUUCACAGUGGAUUGAACAUCAAGUAAUACCUUCUCUUGGGAACCAGGGCAAGGCUGAGGAUGGCAAAGCUCCAUGGGAAGGGGUUAGAGCAAGGUGCAGAAACGAGUGGACUGAGUUUCAGUCUCGUCUCAACAAGGCUGAUGAGGAAUAUCUUGCUCAUGUUGGGAAGGAGUAAAAAGUUUGAAGUUCCAUCUCUAACUAUCCCCUUUGUACAGGUUUCUUUUGGCCUCGAGGGGUGUUUUAUGAUCCCAAUUCAAUUCUUUCUUUCUUUUAUUUAUUUCUUUAGUUCUUCCUUGGCUCGAGGUUUUAAGCUCGAUUUUACAUAGUGUAUCUUACAGAAAUUGUAUUUAUUAGUAGAAGAAAGUUUUACAUUUUCCAUACCCGAUUUGCACAAGGCCAAUGCUCAAUCUUCUUGCCACUAUUUUAGUGGUGUUAUGGAGGGCUUACAAUACAAGACAGAAUUAAGUGGUGUUUGUUUGAGUAUGAUUGUGAAUAUAGAAUAGUAACACAAUAAAUAGAAGUUAGAACCAAAGUGAAGCAAACCAGAACCAAGAAUGCCAAUUGCCAAGUGAGGAUUUAGCCAUGUAAACUCUCUAUAUUGUACUCUCUUUUACACUUUCUUUUCCUAA